CCACAAUGGAUGGAAAUCAGCGCUGCCAUGUCUGCAUGUGACUCCGGUCCUCAGUGGCCACUUGCGGUGAAGAUGCUGGCUCUGCGUGGAGUUCCUGCCGGGACCGAUGUGUCGCACUUCAACGCUGCGGUGAGCGCUUGCCAAGAAGGGUCCUGCUGGACUGUACCACUGGCAGCUCUCAUUCAGCUCAAGGAGGCCACUUUGAAGCCGGACACGCUGACGAUGAACUCGGUCCUGACCUGUUGCGAGAAGUCUGAACGGUGGCAGGAGGGCUUCAAGAUUUUGGAGCAGUUCUCAGAACUGCGUCUUCCCGUCGAGAGCACUACGCUAACGGCCUCUGCGGCGACUUUAGCCGCAGGCUCCUUCUGGCAGGCGUCGCUGUUGGGCCUGUCUAUUUUCGGAAUCGAGGGCUCCGGAUUGGAGACACAGCCGAGCACACUUUGCUUGGAAGUGGGGACUGCCGCCUGUGAGUCACGCCGACAGUUCCGGCAAGCUGU